CGUCCCCGCGCCGGAGCCGCACGGCCCCAGCAGGCAGCGAGCGAGCGAGCGAGCGCCCGGCCCGGCCCGGCCCCGCCAGCCGCCCCCCAUGGAGGAGCAGCCCCAGCGCCACAGCCACUACUGCUGCUACAGCCACCACCAGCACCACCCGCACCACCCGCAGAGCGCCUACCUGCCGCCGCCCGACGGCCGAGCGCAGCCCAAGCCGCCGCUCCGCCACGACCACAAGCUCGGCGGCCCGCAGCACCCGGAGGCGCCCAAGCGCAGAGCAGGCUACGGAGAGCUAAAUGGUAAUGCAGGAGAAAGAGAAAUAUCAUUAAAGGGCCUGUGCUCUGAUGAAACAACCAACCCAGGAUCCAGGGUACCAAAUGGCAGCCAGCAACUUGUAGACACUAAUGUGACCCCAAAGCAGACUGUUAAGGCCAGUGCUUUGGGGAAAGCUGGAAUCAAAACCAAGAACUUCAUUCAGAAAAAUAGCAUGGACAAAAAGAAUGAGAAGUCCUACGAAAAUAAACUUAGAGAAAGUCAGCCCUCUGACAAGCCAGAGGGAGUAUCUAUUCCAAAUGGUGUGGUAACCAAUAAUUCUAGUUAUAUCACUAAUGGCUACAUAGGCAAAGGGGCAGAUAAUGAUGGUAGUGGCUCCGAGAGUGGAUAUACUACGCCUAAAAAACGGAAAGGCAGGCGCAACAGUGCCAAGGGUUGUGAGAACUUAAAUCUAGUACAGGACAAAAUAAUGCAACAGGAGGUCAAUGCCCCAACCUUAAAACAGGAACUUGAGGGUUUCAAGCCUGAUUACAGUGAACAAAAGGGGACCCGAAUUGAAAAUACUAAGCCUAUUUGGAAAUACGAGGCUGGGGCUGGUGGAGCAGGCCGGGGAAAGCCUGGGCUUGGGGAUGUACAGCGAAAAAAUUCUGAUGCCAAACCUGGAAUUAGCAGCAAGAAGUUUGAUGACCGGCCCAAAGGGAAGCACGCAUCGUCAGCUGCAUCUAAAGAGGACUCAUGGACCUUAUUUAAACCACCCCCAGUUUUUCCAGUGGACAAUAGCAGUGCUAAAAUUGUUCCUAAAAUAAGUUAUGCAAGUAAAGUUAAAGAAAACCUCAACAAAGCAGCUCAAACCCCAUCCACAUCUUCGUCAUUGUCUUCGUCGUCUGCUGGGGAAACUCAGGCCCAAACAUCAACUCGACUCUCCCAAGUCCCUAUGUCUGCUAUGAAAUCUGUUACUUCUGCUAGCUUUUCAAAUGGGCCAAUUUUAGCAGGGACUGAUGGAAGUGUAUAUUCUCCAGGGACCCAGCCACUGCUCACAACUGCUGCUAGUACUGUAACAUCAACCUCUUCUGAGUCAGUACCCCAGGACAUAAGUACAACUUCAACAGCUCUUGAACAAAAGAAAUCUAGCCUUUUUAUCUACCCUUCAAAUAUGCAAACUGUGCGUCUGGGUACAGCACAAGUCGAUUUCCCAUCGCAGACAAAUCAGCAGAACCUGGGAGAUAUCUUCCAGAAUCAGUGGGGCUUGUCAUUCAUAAAUGAGCCCAGUGCUGGCCAUGAAACUGUUGUGGGGAAACCUGCAGAUAAUCAGUUAAUGGAAGUGACAUUUCAAGGGGAAUAUCCUGCCGCUUUGGUUUCACAGUGUGCUGAAAUCAUUCCCUCAGGAACUGAACAACCUGUGUUCCCUAAGGCUUAUGAGCUGGAUAAACGGACUAGCCCUCAAAUUCUUAGUGCUAUUCUUAAGCCUGGGACUGCUAUUGAGGGUGGUGUCUUAGCUUUGGAGUCGCAUCACACAGGUGACCUACAAAAGGCAGAUGCCAGUAGCCAAGGUGCUUUAGUGUUUCUUUCAAAAGACUAUGAAAUAGAGAAUCCUCUGGCCUCCCCUACGAACAAUUUGUUAGCCUCCGCCAAAGAACAGAGGUACCAGAGAGGCCUAGAAAGGAAAGAUAGCUGGGGUUCUUUUGACCUGAGGGCUGCUAUUAUAUAUCACACUAAAGAAAUGGAAUCAGUUUGGAAUUUGCAGAAGCAAGAUCCCAAAAGGAUAAUCACUUACGAUGAAGCCAUGGAUCGCCCGGAUCAAUGAAGGACCCUCUUAUGACCUUCCUUGAAGACAUUUCAUUAAGUGUUGCUGCAUUUAAGAAUGAAUCUACAACUGUUCAUGUCUUGGGUUAAUGCUGCUGCUAUAAGUAACCCUGAAAAUCAAGAAUGUGUGAUGCACUUUUUUUUUUCUUUUUUUUUACAUGACCAUAGUAGUUCCUCUGAGGAUAGUUGAACCCUCCUGUAACACAGCCACUAGCUCUGCGGGUAGCCUGGGAACCGGAGGGUCCGGGGUGCGCGGGGGUGUGCGAGAGGAGCGUACCUGACUUUGGUGCUGACCUACGAGAAUUUCUAUGCAAACGCAAGCAGAGGAGAGCUCUUAACUUGAAAGAACACUGUGCAUUUUUUUUCUCUCCUUCCUUUUCUCUAGCUGCUAUUGGAAGGGUAGUGCAAAUCCCCGAGGUUCUCGACUUCUCCUUCCUUGAUGGCUGGUGCGGGAAAGAUGACUGAGUACUUGUAAGGUCGAAAGGAUCUCGAUGAACAAUCGUCUUGUCUCCGGCUCUAAUACUCUGUUUUCUGUUUGAGUACGUCUUUGGAGGGAAAUUGCUCGUCUCUGAGGAAAAAAAAAAAAAUCUUGUUAAUGCUUUAUCUCAAUGUGAAAUUUAUGGCAGGGAUUAACCAGCAGUAUUAAAAAUGGUAUGACUUCCUUCCUGCCCGGUUAUAUCCCUGUGUUCCCAAAGUUAGGAAGCGGGCUAACCUGCGCGCUGCCCCCGGCGCGCUCGCAGAGCAGUGGGUGGCUGCAGUUAACUUUCUUCCCAGCCGAACGUCCCGCUGUUGCAGCGAGGCCGAUGCAUCUGCCGAGCCGAAGCCCGACGGAUAAUGCAGGAAAACACGGAGCUUAGCGAGCGGCGGAGGAAGGUCUCGCUCGCGGAGGCACUGCCGUGGGUCUGGGGCGGAUGCAGAACCUCUCGCCUUCAGGGGAUGCACCUAGACCACCUCUGAGCCAGGUGCUCUCGCCUGCCGCGGGGAGAGAUCGCAGGGGUGAGUUUACAUACCGUGAAGUAAGGGUUUACUGGAGAAAAUAAAGGGAAUUUACUUGAUGCUUUAUUUAUAGAAGAUCCUUUAAAAUAUAUAUAUAUACAUAUAUAUAUAUAUAUCUUUUGUAAAGUGAGAGAAGAGUAAGGGAGGUCUACAGUUGUGUAGGAAAAAUGCUUUGGGAUUACAACUGCCUGGAAAAUAGUAUAUAAAUAUAUUCCAGAAUUCUCUGCCUAUUUAAUUAGUUUAUUCAGCAUCAUUUUUUGACCAGCUUUUGCUUUUUUACACACAUGCGUGUGUGUGUACAUAUAAAUAAAUGUGCCUUGCAUGUGUGCUUAAACAAAACUUGUAGAAGUAGUUUGUGAGCUGCUGCGGGACUUUGCAUUAGGUAGCCAGGCUCCUGCCUCACCAAGCGUAAUAACCAUGCCCCGUCUACAGUCAAGGAUCUGUUAGCGUCUUGGUGACCCACGAAACCUGCUGUUGAAAUGAGACUCUGGAUAGUGGCUGUCUUACAGUUUGGGGAAAAUGUCCUACGGGAUGGCACCUUUCCUUUCUUAACGUGACCCAUUUUCUGCGAUUUUUGAGGAGAGUGGGGAUGAGAGAAAGAGAAUCUGCUUUGUUGUUCUCCUGCAGACAAAAUAUAAGCAUUGCAAUGCUCUGCCUACAAAACAAGUGAAGAUCUGGAACCAGCUUGACUCUGGAGUUAAUUCUCUGCAGAGGCUGGGAAUGCCAUUGUCCUGGGGAUUUAUUCCCUUCCAGGUUGUGAUUCUUGUUACUGUGGCUUUUUUUUUCUUUCAUCUUUUUGCAAAGGAAAAAGAAAAGUAAACAUGCCUUGCUUGAAGUUAACAAAAUAAAAAUGCUUAUGUUUGCAGUCAGUGACUCAGAACAUGAAACUGUGCAAUUCUUGUUUCUUCAUCUUUCUCUCUGUCUCUGUCUCAACUCACUUGCCCUACUGUGUGGUUUCUGUUAGUUUUUCUGUAAUUCUGCCACUGUAAAUGUGAAAGCUUGCUUGCAUUGUUUUUUAGAAAUGCAUUUUGCACACUCGAGUUUCGCUGAAGCUCCGUGAAAAGGUUAGUUUGAAGCAGAUGAAUAAAGCUAUGCACAUGUUUUGAAAGUUUAAUUUGUGUCUCAUUACCAGAAGUGACUUAUCUGCCCUCUUUUGCAUUCCCGUGCUGUCAUUGCCUACAUUAUCUUUACCAUCUCGGAGGGUAUGAUGUAAGGUGACAGUUCUUUGCUGACAGCUGUAGCAGAAAACUGGCGCUUCUUGAUUUUUAGUAGCCUCUCUUUCCUUUGCUUUCUCUGUAUUUCUCUCUGUAUAUCUAUAUAAAUACAUAUAUUAUUUUUUUAUUUUAAAGAGCCUACUUUACUAAUUGAAUUGGGGGGGGGGGGUGCCGGCUUGCGUUUCAGAUACACUUCAUGCUAUCGGAUGAGCAAGUGCCCUUUUUUCCGCUCCCAUGAGAAUGUGGCCGUGGCGGUGCCCGUCAGCACCCCAGGCCGGCGUGCCGGCCGCGUGGUUCCCGGGCUGGCGCGGGGACGGGGCGCGCAGCACGGCCUGCUCUGCUCGCCCUGCUCCGAACUGCUCCGGCAGGGCCGGGCGAGCAGCCGGCUUCGUUGGCUUAUUUGCAGGCUGAUGGUGCAGGCUUGAGGUGUCUAACGGCCAAACAGCCGAGGGAAGCCCGACCAGUUUGCAUCCGCACUGUGCGGCUAGAGGGAGAAGCGUUUGCGUUGUCCUCGCAGCGGGUGUACGUACGCAGGGUGUAGUUCAUGGCCUGCGGGGGCGGGGGGCUCCCUCUGGUCUCCAGGGCAAGGGCUUUAUUUUGAUUUUGUUUUCAUGAGUUAUGUGCAUUGGUUUGCAAAUACCAUCUUUGAAAACUUGUUGCUUAGCCCAGAGCCUUUGUGCAGAAGAGUCUGGAUUUUGCGAUGGGAGAAGUACCCCUGGCAGCUUUCUCCGUGUGUUCCCUUUGCCAUGGCAGAAAUUUGUACUAACUUUACAGCUUUUUUUCAUACAGAACAGGGCUGCUUUUCUAUCUACCAUCACACGUGUACUUACACACCUUCAGUCGCUCGGACGCCUCUGAAGGUCCUCAACUUGUUUACUUGGGGAGCGGAUGCCCCUCUCUUCCCCUCCCCUGAAUAUUUCAGUGUUAAUAGUGGCUGGGAGCACGGCUGCGCGCGUAGACUCCAAGCCGGGCUCGGGAGGUCUCUCGAGGCAGACCCGCAGGAGCGGGACGAAGGCUGGCUCUCGCGGCGGUCGCGGCCUCCCCUCCCGCCUCUGUCAAAAGUUCUCAUUUCCAUUCAGUUUCCUGGUGUGUGUUAAAAUCACAGCAAGGGGUUGUGCUCUAGCUGCUCAGGAGCUGAAUUACCUCUUACCUUCGGAGAGGGGCAGCCCCUCUUUGCUGUCGGUGUCGUAGUGUGCUACCACACAAAAACGGUAACGGUAGCUUGCAUUUUUCUUCUCCCCUGCCCGAUAUUUCUGAAUAGGUUAAUACACUCUGUGUACCCGGCUGAAAACGUAGGCAUUUUUCCGAUCGUGGGAGGGUGGCUAGAAGAGUUAGUGUUAUACCUGCUGUAGCUGUGUCUAGCACAGGCAGAUGCGCUGGGAUAGAUGAUGAUGUCGCAGACUGUAAGGAUAGGUAAUGUCCAUGAGCUGUAAUGGCAUGAUGUAUCUUUACUGAUGAUGUCAUACUUCACACUAAAUGUUUAAAAAAUUACCUGAAUUUCGUUUAUUCUGCACCAACAGGUCUUCAAAAUUUAUCCAAAUUUUAUUAUUUUAUCAGGAAAAAAAAUGUGUAGAUCAAAUACGUUAAGACAGACAAUAAGUGAUGUAAAUUGUUGAAUAAAGAUUUUAAAGAUU